UGUCCGGAGAAACUAGUGGUUUGUCCCAUCGGAUAUUCCAAGUGCAUGAGUACAACAACCAUAUUACAAAUCGGUGACACAUCUAUAAAAAUGAAGCAAAAGGAAUGCAUUGAAGACUGUCAAGACAGUUCGGUGAACUAUGGAGCAUUAAAACAGACUUUUUCCUGCUGCGGGACUCUUCUUUGUAACUACAGAGACGCUCCAGAUCCCAGGACUAACGCUCUCAAUGGAAGGAGCUGCUACUCCUGCGAUGGACAGAGCUGCUCAAACACCGUCAGCUGUUCAGGGACUGAAGACCGCUGCAUUACAGCAACUGUGACUAACAGAGGACCGCCAAUGCUUGUAAAAGGCUGUGCCUCUAAAUAUAUUUGUGGGGCCCUAAAAUGUUCUUUUAUUCGGGACGUCUCAUGUUGUGAGGGGGACCUAUGUAACGGUAAUAAGAGGGUCACCCAGGCGGUCACCCAGGGCUUCUUAAAUAACGCUGAUGAAAGUUUCAACCAAAGCGUCACCCAGAGCCUCCUCCAGAGCUUCAUGUCUCCGGGAGCGAAGACUGUCACCAAGAGACUCACGCAUAAUGAUGCUAAGAGUGUCCCCGACAGCAUUGUGUAUAACCACGCUAAAAGAGUCAGGCAGAAAGUCACGUAUAAUGAUGAUAAAAGUGUCAACCAGAGAGUCGUGUAUAACGAUGGUAAGAGCGUCAAGCAGAGCUUCCUGUUCCUCUGCUGUUCUCUGCUCUCCUACUUCCUGUGGCUCUGAAUCCAGCAGCUCC